AUGAAGCAAUUCUCUGAGAAGAGUCGUCACCGUUUUGAGAAAAGUUGCUGUUUCGAGAAGCAUCUCUCGGCUGAGAAAGAUCUCCCUACACAGAGAGGUUGCCUGUACAAGAAAAGACGUCUUACAGACAAAGAUCGUUCUACAGAGGAAGGUGGUUUGGGUGAGAGAGGUCCCUAUGAAGAGAGAGGCCACACUCCUGAGAGAGAUCAACCUGCAAAGAAAGGUUUUUCUACUAAGAAGAGUCCAUCUCCUGAGAAAGGUUACUUGGACGGGAGAGGACCCUCUGUGGGAAAUCAUCACCAUGAAGAGAAAGACAGCUCAGCGAAGAAACUUAGCUGUACUCAGAGAGAUCGCUGGAUAGAUGGAGAGCGUUCUGUGAAGAGAGAACUCUCCACUGAGGAAGACCACCCUGUAGGGCGAGGUUGGCCUGCCAACAAAAGUCACCUGGCAGAGAAGGGUUGGUCAGCAAACAAGAGUGGAUCUCCAGGGAGAGGCCACCCCAUCAAAAGCCACCCUGCACAGGAGGGUCGCUCAAUCGAAUGGGUUUACUUGGCACAGAGCAGACUCUUUGCAGGUGAAGAUACCCCUACAGGGAGAGGUCACUGCAUCCAAAGUUGCCCUGCAAUGGAGGGUGGCUCAGUGGAAAGAGGUGACACUGUGGAGAAAAGACCUUCCACAGGGAAAGAUCACCCCACGGGGAGAAGUCACCCUCUGAGGAAAAACAGCCCUGCAGAGGAGGGUCAGUCAGCAGAUAGGGGACACACUGCAGGACAAAAUCUCCCCACAGAGAGAGAGAAAAACCCGUCUUCCAAGAGUAUCCAUUCUGCAGAGAAAGCUCACUAUGGGGAGAGAGGCCACCUUACUAAGAAAAAGAGACAGCUCUCUGUCAAGAAAGGGAGAGUGGAAAAGAAAUUUGGUUCUCGUGAGAGUGUUGAGAUUCAUGACAGCUACACUCAUGAGGAAAGUAACACAGGCAAGAAUGGGUGCUCAGUGGAGGAAGGUCAUCACUUCAUGGAGAAAGACUUUCCUGUAGGGACACCCUCUUCAGGAUCCAUGCCUGCGGUGCCAGUGCCCAAGAGCACACAGGAUGCUCCAGAAAGCAGCACUGGCAGUGCUACCAGCCAAGUACCCCAGGCCACUCACCAGAAUGUGGCUGGGGCUGUCACCACUGGACAGCGUAUCCAGGCAGUGAAUAUGAGAAUGGGAGUUGAAUUGGAGUUGCCUCGAGAACUAAAAGCAUGCAUUGUUGAGGACUUGGACUUGGUAAACACGCACAAGCAGUUAUUCCAACUCCCUGCUGAAAAGAAUGUAGAUCACAUUCUCGAAAACUAUGUCAACUUCGUGAAAUCACAGGGAAAGUCUGAUAAUGGGGAAUAUUCUGUUGAUGAACUUGUGUAUGGAAUAAGAGAGUAUUUCAACAGGAUGCUGGGCACCAAGCUCCUCUGCCAGUUUGAAAAACCCCAGUAUGCUGAAAUCCUCCUGGCUUACCCAGAUCUUCCAAUGUCUCAGAUUUAUGGGGCGUCACACCUCCUGCGAUUAUUUGUGAAUAUUGGCAGUGCAUUGACCCAUUUUUCCCUUAAUAGGUGCAGUCUAAUGUUAGUGUCCAGUUAUAUGCAAGAUUUCUUUAAUUACCUAUCAGAGAAUUCCUCUUCUCUGUUUACAGCCAGCAAUUACAAAAUGGCUUCUGUCGCAUAUUGUUUUCAAGCCCUUUGAGGAUCUUUUGACCACUCUAUUAUGACCUAGACAAGUAAACAUUUCUGUGUUUGUUGUUUUCAUUUUGUAUUUGAUGUUCUUGAAAAGUAUCAAGGUACAACAUGGCUUAGUAUUUCAGCUUAGUAUUUUUGUGAAUAGAAAUAUAGAUAUUU